AUGUCAGAGCCUCCCACUUUAACUCUUGAACAGUUUCGCAAGGCCAUUAAAGAUGUUCUGCAAUUUGAAUUGGAGUCCAAGAAGGAGCAACAACGGCAUUUCAUUCUCAAAUUGGUUGAGACAAACAAUGAAUUGUUUGACGAGCUAAAUGCUGAAGCAACAUCACCUGAGGAUGGCAAACUAUAUGCAGAGACAAUCGAAGAAAACAAGAUGAGUUUGCUUGAGCAAAUCAGUCGAGUGGAAAGCAUUAAUCUGGAGUUAGUAGAGAGAGGGUUGAUGAGUAGUGAAGAUAAGUCGAAGGAGGAGCAAAAAUUGCUUGAUGAGAUAAAUAACACCGACAAAAGUACUCAAAAGGCAGAACCAAAGAUUGUCGAAGAUGAAAAGGAAGGAGGAAUAAUGCUUUGA